AUGGACGCUGCAACACCGCCGGUGCAGGAGGAGCCGCCGGCGAGGGACUGGUCGCUUCUGCCCCUCGACGUGCUCUGUUCGGUCUUUGUCAUGCUCGGCGCCGUCGACGUCCUCACGGUCAUGGGCGCUGGCUUCGUCUGCCGUUCGUGGCUCGAGGCGGCGAAGCUUCCUGACGUGUGGCGUGUCGUGGACAUGGAGAACCACGAUGCCCUGCUCGGCAAGGAUGAAUCCGUCCUGUGCAUGAUGGCGAAGGCGGCCGUCGACCGCUCCGAUGGACAGCUUCGAGUGUUCGCCGGGAUGCGGUUUGUCAGCCAUGAGCUCGUAAAGUACAUCGUGGAAAGGUCCCCGUCCCUUACUACCCUUCGCCUUGUAUCCUGCUCCGAUGUGUUCAGCAAACCGCUUACCAGGGCGAUGAGAGAGUCGCCUCUGAUGGAGCUCCGUUCCCUUGAACUUGACAACGCUUACAUCACCGUGGAAGAGCUGACUGACUUCCUUGAUAACUGCCCUGUACUGGAGGUUCUUCGCGUGUGGAACUGCUUCGUGGCCAACGACGAGGAGGAACAUGCCCUGCGAUCGAAAUUCGCCCGGAUCAAGACCAUGACGCUCGAGUGUGACGAGGAAUUCCGCUUCCGCUACGGUUCCGAUUUCGAGUGGGAUGAUUAUGACUUCGAGCACCACGUUCCUGAUUUUGAAGAUGAGAGGACUGAUCCUGGUUCACUGUGA